AUGUCAAAUUUUAUACGCUUACUUCCAAAAGUACCCAUGAUAUUCUCAUCCACCAUCGAUUAUUAUCGUUACGGACCACCACAACCAUCAUGGGACUUGAAGUUUUAUUUGACGUUGAGACUUUUAAAAGAUAUGCUUAAAUCAGCUGCCAAUAUAACUAUCGAAGAUGCUCAAAAAAUAACUACGAGCAAUAGUGCUAUCGAUAAUGGUAUACUUGUAGAUGAGCUGUCAUUGUCAAAUUCACUUCGUAAAAAAUCAGAAGUUUACAUUGAUGAGAUCUUGAAAGAUUAUAAUCAUGUGCUUCUUGAUGAUUGGAAAAGUGUUAAUCUUGGGAAUGGUUUAGAAUGUGAAUGGAUUUACGUUAAGGAAGAAGUGAGAGGAGAAGAAAACAACAAUAAAAAGAAAAAAUAUGAUAAGGUUAUUUUGUUCUUACAUGGUGGUGGAUAUCUUUACGGUUCUGCUGGUUCUCAUCGUAGCACUACUUCUAAAAUUGCAAAAUCUACAAAUGCAAGACUAUUUGCAAUCAAUUAUAGACUUGCACCACAAAAUCAAUUUCCUGCAGCUUUACACGACUCAAUAACUGCCUACAAUUAUCUUAUUGACCCACCAAAAGAUGCCGAUUUUCUACCAAUCGAACCUAAAAAUAUUGUAAUUAUGGGUAACAGUGCAGGUGGUGGUCUAACACUGGCAACAUUGCUUGCUAUACGUGACUCAAAGGGAUCAUUACCUUUACCGGCUGGAGCUGUUGUGUGGUCACUAUGGGCUGAUUUAGCUAAGACGACGUCAUCAAUAAUAGAUCCAGGAUGUGAUGAAACAGAUUACAUGACAAAUGAACCUUUUCAUAAUCGAAUAUCUCCUGUGUGGGAAGAAUUUGAACGAAAAGCAAAUGAAUUAUCAGAAAAAAUCCAAUUAAAUGUUGAUAAUAAACCAAGAUUUUGGCAUAAAUCAUUUGAUCGUGAUGGUCGUUUACACCAUUAUGUGUCUAAUGAGGGAUUGGCAAUUCCAUACGUUUCUCCAUUACUUGCCGAAAGUUUAGGUGGUUUGCCACCAAUAUUAGUGCAAGUAGGUGAUGUAGAAAAAUUAAGAGACGAGAGCAUUUACCUGGCUUACAAAGCUUCCAAUCCAGAAAAAUACAAUUUACCUUAUUACAAUGCUAAAAAGUUUGAAAAGUCGCCUUAUAAAACACCUACAAAAGUUGUUCUUGAGGUUUAUGAAGAAAUGCCUCACGUCUUCCAAAUAGCCUUUAAACGAACAGCUGAAUUUAUUGAACAAUUAUCAUCAGGCGAAGAAGGGAGGAAAGAAAUAAAAGUUUUACGUGUGACAGGUAAAGGUGAAAUUAUUGAAGAGUUGAAAGAGGAACAUUACAAGACACUUGAAUGGAAAGAUGUUGGUAUUGUUCCAUCUAAUGCCAGAAACAUUUAUUGUGUUAAGCUAAACAAUUGA